UCUAUAGCUCCUUCUGUUUGGAAGGAAAUGGUCGAUAAAUGGAAUGCUCCGACAUAGAAGGAGAUAAGUAAGAAAAAUAAGCAAAAUAGAGCCAAAAGUGAGUUGAUUUCAACAGGUGGUUCUGUACCAGCGGCAAAAUAUAGAUCUGAUAUGAAAAAGACAACUGGACAAGAGCCAACUCCAAUGGAUCUAUGGAAACGGCAGCACAUGAAAAAGAACAAAGAGUUCAGUACCCCAAAGGCUCAAGAGAUUAAUGAUGAGAUGGAAAAAAGAGUUGUUGAGGCUCGGGCUAAAGGUGAAGAACCCAAUCAUUGGGACAUAUAUCGCCCGGUUGUUGGGGAGCCACGCAAAGGUCGAGUACUUGGGAUG